AUGACCGGAGAUAUCCUGGAUGCAAACUCCAUCAGUGAAGAGUUUGUGGACUCGGGUAUCACCAAACGAGAUACCAAAGGGAAGGAGAAGGGCGAUGUUGAAGUUGAAGAGGUCGAAGAUACCAGCAAAUCCAGAAGAGGCGGGUUUGUAGAGUUCUGGAAAACAUUCACCUCCAAGUCGUUCAGACACAGACACGUGUGGGUGUUCCAUCUCUUUUGGAGUAUGUUUUUCACCGCUUGGUGGAUCUCCAUUCUGGCCCAGCCGAAACAUCGACACAUGUGGUUGAUUCCCACGAUUCUAUGGAUGUGUAUCAUUGCCCGAUUCAUCACCCUGCAUGUUCCAGCGCGAUAUCUCAUCGUUUGGGCUUCGUAUAUCUGGGAUCGAACGGUAAUCAAGGUAUACGAACGGGUUCCUUCUCAUUUACGGAUCCCAGGAGCCGCUCUAGGAACUCUGGCGGUGAUUCUGAUAGGCACCUUUGUCACGAAGGAGUAUCCAGACAGCUUGAGAUCGGACCGAGCCGUGUCCUUCUUUGGAUACUUGGUGGGUCUUUUCUGUCUAUUUGUCAGUUCAAACAACCGUCACAAGAUCAGAUGGGAAACUGUCAUUGCCGGUGUGCUCAUCCAGUACAUUGUGGCUCUGUUUGUGCUGCGAACCAAGGCCGGAUACGACAUUUUCAACUUCAUUUCGACCUUGGCUCGGGAACUUCUCGAGUUUGCCAAAGCCGGAUCAGCGUUUCUAACGUCUCCCGAAGAGUCACAGCUUCCCUGGGUCGUGUUUACGGUACUUCCCGCUGUCAUCUUCUUUGUCGCCUUCAUCCACAUCUUCAUGUACUGGAGAUGGGUCCAAUGGGCCACCGUGAAGCUGGCCUAUCUCUUCUUUUGGGCCAUGAAGGUGUCUGGGGCCGAAGCGGUGGUAGCAGCAGCUUCUCCCUUUCUCGGCCAAGGAGAAAGCUCGAUUCUCAUUAAGCCAUUCAUCCCGCAUAUGACCAAAGCCGAGAUCCACCAGAUUAUGACCUCGGGCUUCUCCACCAUCGCCGGAUCCAUGCUGGUAGCGUACAUUGGACUUGGAAUCAACCCUCAGGCGAUUGUUUCCAGCUGCAUCAUGUCCAUUCCGGCUUCUCUGGCCUGUGCAAAGCUGCGGUACCCCGAAACAGAAGAGACGGUAACGGGUGGAAAAGUGGUUAUUCCCGAAGACGAGUCUGUCGAGUCAGCAGACAAUGUGCUCCAUGCAUUUGCCAAUGGAGCCUGGCUCGGCCUCAUUGUCGCUGGAGCUAUCAUGACUACCCAGAUGUGCAUUGUGGCUCUGGUGGCUCUCAUCGACGCUCUGCUCACCUGGUUUGGCAACUUUUGGAACAUUCACGAGCUCACUCUCGAGAUGAUGCUUGGCUACAUUCUGUUUCCCGUGGGCUUUCUGCUGGGCGUCCCUCGACACGAAAUCUACAAAAUCUCCAAAUUGAUCGGCACCAAGUUCAUCAAAAACGAGUUUGUGGCCUACCUGGCGCUGUCGUCCCCCGAGUACCACUCGCUGAGCAAACGGGGAGCCAUGUUGGUCACUUACGCGCUCUGCGGCUUUGCCAAUCUGGGCUCUCUGGGUAUCCAGGUGGGUGUUUUAGGACGGCUAGCUCCUUCACGAGCUGGAGAUAUCUCGCGAGUCGCCAUUUCGGCUCUCAUCACAGGAGGUAUUGCUACCCUGCUCUCGGCUUGCAUGGCUGGAAUGGUGCUGGCCGACAUGACCAAGUUCGCUACUCCUAGUGAGGCGGUAGCUACUGGCACUGUUGGCUGA